AGCUGGAGCGCGCGCCACAGCCCGGAAGAGAAAAAUGAGCGCGACAAACGCUUGUCACUCAAUUGCGCUUUUGCGUUUGCAGACGCAGGCUUCAGCUUCAUCCCAGGCUGUGCUCCACAGAACUGUCACCUUCUUCACCCCAAGAAGGAAGAUUCACACAAACAAGCCUCCCACUCCCGCUUGUGUCUUCAACAGUGGUCGCAAGGUCAUCGCCAACUCCAAUUCUGCCUCAUCCACUACCCCUACUUCCGUAGUAUCAUCCGAUGCUGCUGAGACCGUGUUGGAUUUGGGAGUUCUAAAGAAAAACUGCCGCAAGUGGCAGUGGAAGGGUCAGUAUGCCAUCAAUUACUUUGUUUCUUCUGAUUUAGAUUUACCUCAGUCGUCGCAGUCCGGUCCUCCUCUGCUCCUCGUUCAUGGCUUCGGUGCAUCGAUUCCUCAUUGGCGCAGGAAUAUUAAGACAUUAGCUCACAAUUAUACUGUUUAUGCCGUUGAUCUUCUUGGUUUUGGGGCAUCCGAUAAGCCUGCGGGCUUCUCGUAUACCAUGGAAACAUGGGCUGAGUUGAUCCUGGAUUUCUUGGAUGAAGUUAUUCAGAAGCCAACUGUAUUAAUUGGGAAUUCUGUUGGUAGUCUUGCUUGCGUUAUUGCUGCCUCAGAUUCAAGUCAGACUCUUGUUCGAGGACUCGUUCUGUUAAAUUGUGCUGGUGGUAUGAACAACAAGGCCAUAGUUGAUGACUGGAGAAUCAAGCUGUUAUUACCUUUGCUUUGGCUGAUUGACUUUUUAUUGAAGCAAAAGGGAAUUGCCUCAGCAAUUUUCGAGCGUGUUAAACAGAGAGAAAACUUGAGGGACAUAUUAUUGUCUGUGUAUGGAAACAAGGAGUCUGUAGAUGAAGAACUAGUGGAGAUUAUUAGAGAACCGGCAAAUGAUGUGGGGGCUUUGGAUGCCUUUGUUUCCAUAGUAACGGGGCCACCAGGGCCUAAUCCAGUGCAGCUGAUGCCAAGAAUCUCCCUGCCCGUUUUAGUUUUGUGGGGAGAUCAAGACCCAUUCACUCCAAUUGAUGGUCCUGUUGGCAAAUACUUCUCUUCAUUGCCUUCUCGUCAAGCCAACGUUAAACUCUUUAUGCUGGAAGGGGUUGGACAUUGCCCUCAUGAUGACAGGCCUGUCUCCGUCCAUGAAAAGCUCCUUCCCUGGCUAGCCUCUCUUCCAACUUCAUAGCGGAGUUUGCUUUGAGCCAAAUGCUUGGAGCCUUGAGUCCUUUCUAGAGUGACAUUUCAAAAGCAUGUAUUAUUCUUCCUCAUUAAUGGAGGGGAUCCAAUCUGCAAAUGCUUUAACCGGAUGUCCACAUGUUAGAAAUAAGAAACGUUCUUCGAUAUCGCCAACAAAAAUAGCUGAAUUAGCCAUGCACCUGGCAUCUCUGUAUUGAUCAUGUUGGUUCUUCAUCUAUGCCGUCUUUGGAAGAUUGGCAGCAUUGUAUAGUACAGCAUAAUUUUAUAAAAUAUGGGACUAUCAUGUUUUGAUCGGUCGAUAAGAGUUUUCAGCUUUUACUAUUGAAUUCUGCUGCCUUCUGUGAUACAAAACCUACCCUACGAUGUUUUGGUUC